AUGACGACGACGACGACGCUCCGGCAUCGAUCGGCGCUUCCCAGACGCAUUCUGUCCCCUCGGCGGCCCCGUCCGUCCUGCACCACGUAUGUCUCUUCCUGUAUGAAAGCUUGGCCACUAACACGGCGGCCGUCCCCGCGCCCCCCGCAGUCCCAAUCCCUCCGACCCUACCUGCAGGCCGUCCGCAGCAGCCUGACGGUCGCCCUCUGCCUCGGGGACUUUGCCUCGCAGACCGCCGAGCGCCACAACGUGCCCGAGAUCGAGGCCGGCUCGUCGCCCGAGGUCCUGCUGACGCCGCUUGUCGUGUCGCGCAACGAGAACGAGCGCGUGCUCAUCGAGGCCAGCGUCAACAGCGUGCGCGUCAGCAUCAAGAUCAAGCAGGCCGACGAGAUUGAGCAGAUCCUGGUGCACAAGUUUACGCGCUUCCUGACGCAGCGCGCCGAGUCCUUUUUCAUCCUGCGGCGCAAGGCCGUCGACGGCUACAACAUCUCCUUCCUCGUCACCAACUUCCACACCGAGCAGAUGCUCAAGCACAAGCUCGUGGACUUUAUCAUCCAGUUUAUGGAGGAGGUCGACAAGGAGAUUUCCGAGAUGAAGCUCUUUUUAAACGCGCGUGCGCGGUUCGUCGCCGAGUCGUUCCUGACACCAUUCGAUUAA